CUUGUGGUACAAUGCCAGAAAGACUAACGGAAAUGCUUAUGGAUACAUGGACUCCAUUAAUAAUUUUAUGGAUUACUGUACUUCCUUCCAUUUAUAUGGCUCCAAUGAAUCAAUCUCAAGUACUACCAAGUGGAUCCAGUACAGGACUAAAAAGGCUAACUGAAGAACAAAGAGUUUUGAACCGUUCCAAGAGAGGCUGGGUUUGGAAUCAAAUGUUUGUAUUAGAAGAAUUUUCUGGACCUGAACCAAUACUAGUUGGCCGGUUGCAUACAGACUUGGAUCCUGGCAGCAGCAAAAUCAAGUAUAUCCUAUCAGGAGAUGGUGCUGGAACUAUCUUUGUGAUCAAUGACAAGACUGGAGACAUUCAUGCAAUGAAAAGGCUUGACCGUGAGGAAAAAGCUGAGUACACUCUAACAGCUCAAGCAGUCGACAGGGACACAAACAAACCUCUGGAGCCUCCUUCAGAAUUCAUUAUAAAGGUUCAAGACAUCAAUGACAAUGCCCCGGAGUUUGUUGAUGGUCCUUAUCAUGCCACAGUUCCAGAGAUGUCUGUUGUUGGCACCUUUGUUACUAAAGUAACAGCUACAGAUGCAGAUGAUCCAGUUUAUGGAAACAGUGCCAAGCUGGUUUAUAGCAUCCUGGAAGGACAGCCUUACUUUUCCAUUGAACCACAUACAGCUAUAAUUAAAACAGCUCUUCCCAACAUGGACAGAGAAGCCAAAGAAGAAUACUUUGUGGUUAUCCAAGCAAAGGACAUGGGAGGACAUAUGGGUGGACUUUCUGGAACUACAACAGUGACAAUUACACUCACUGAUGUUAAUGACAAUCCUCCUAAGUUUGCACAGAGUUUGUAUCACUUCUCAGUAAUGGAAGAUGUUGCUCUUGGUGAACCCAUAGGAAGGGUGAAAGCAAAUGACCUGGAUAUUGGAGAAAAUGCUAAAUCAUCGUAUGAUAUUAUUGAAGGAGAUGGAAUGGAUAUAUUCGAAAUCACUACAGAUGCCCAAACUCAGGAUGGCGUUAUUAGAGUGAGAAAGCCCCUGGACUUUGAGACCAAAAAAUCCUAUACUCUGAAGGUAGAAGCAGCCAACGUUCAUAUUGAUCCUCGCUUCAUCAGUGGAGGACCUUUCAAGGAUACAGCAACAGUAAAAAUUGUAGUAGAGGAUGCUGAUGAGCCACCAGUCUUUUCAUCACCUACAUACCUACUGGAAGUGCAUGAAAAUGCUGCUAUUAACUCUGUGAUUGGUCAGGUGACAGCCCAUGACCCCGAUGUGUCUUCCAGUCCUAUAAGGUUUUCCAUUGAUCGUCAUACUGACCUUGAGAGACAGUUCAACAUUAAUGCAGAAGAUGGAAAAAUAACUUUGGCAACACCACUCGACAGAGAAACAAAUACGUGGCACAAUAUAACGAUUGUAGCUACUGAAACUAGGAACCACAGUCAAGUAUCCCGGGUGCCUGUUACUAUCAAAGUUCUUGAUGUAAAUGACAACGCUCCUGAGUUUGCAUCAGAGCAUGAAGCCUUUUUAUGUGAGAAUGGGAAGCCUGGACAAGUAAUUCAAAUUGUCAGUGCUGUUGACAAAGAUGAUCCUAAAAAUGGGCAUUAUUUCUUGUAUAGCCUUCUUCCUGAAAUGGUCAACAAUCCAAAUUUUACUAUCAAGAAAAAUGAAGAUAAUACUCUCAGCAUUUUGGCAAAGCACAAUGGAUUCAGUCGGCAGAAACAAGAAGUAUACCUACUGCCAAUCAUAAUAAGUGAUAGUGGAAAUCCUCCCAUGAGCAGUACUAGCACUCUUACUAUUAGAGUCUGUGGUUGCAGCAGUGACGGUAUUGUCCAGUCCUGUAAUGUUGAAGCAUAUGUACUUCCUAUUGGACUCAGCAUGGGAGCCCUAAUUGCAAUAUUAGCAUGCAUUAUUUUGCUACUAGUCAUUGUAGUGCUGUUUGUAACACUAAGAAGACAUAAGAAUGAGCCUUUAAUCAUCAAAGAUGAUGAAGAUGUGAGAGAAAAUAUUAUUCGCUAUGAUGAUGAAGGAGGUGGAGAAGAAGAUACAGAAGCUUUUGACAUUGCAACGUUGCAAAAUCCAGAUGGAAUUAAUGGAUUUUUGCCUCGUAAGGAUAUUAAACCUGAUCUUCAAUUUAUGCCCAGGCAGGGUCUUGCGCCUGUUCCUAAUGGUGUUGAUGUUGAUGAAUUUAUUAAUGUAAGGCUUCAUGAAGCUGAUAAUGAUCCCACAGCUCCACCAUAUGACUCUAUCCAGAUUUAUGGCUAUGAAGGAAGAGGUUCAGCUGCUGGUUCCCUUAGUUCAUUGGAGUCCUCUGCAUCAGACUCAGAUCAGAAUUUUGACUACCUCAGUGAAUGGGGUCCUCGCUUUAAAAGACUUGGAGAACUUUACUCAGUUGGAGAAAGUGACAAAGAAACUUGACAGUGGAUUACAAACUUUUUCACUGUUGACUUAACGAUCAUGUAAUAUUCUAGGGCCACUGUUGUUAGUUAAAACUAAUGUGGCUUUUUGUUUUAGAGGCAAGUUUAGCGCCAGUCAUCUAUAAAAUCAACUACAUUGUAAUGUUGAACCAAAUAAAAAAGUAUAUGUUAGGAGGUUAAGUCUUGUGGAGUGUGAAGUAAAGUAUGUGGAGUGUCUAGAAGUCUUUGGAUAUUUGAUAUUCACUUGACCACUCUGAAGAUGGAGAUUUAGAUCUUUGAUUAUCUUCAGUGAAUUGAAAAGAAUGAAUUGGUGCUUUCUUAGGAAAUGGACUUGCAGGGAUUUUGCUGUUGAACAGUAGCUCCUGCCAGUAUGUGUAAAGCUAAUGGUUUGUUUCUGCAUUGCCAACAAAGAUCCCGACUCAGAAAUGUUAAAAGCAAUAUCUUGGUCUUCUUAGCAAUGCUGAAUAGAAAUAGCAUUGUAAAUCCUUACUGGCUUCUACUGUGCAGUGACCAUGCAUUGUACAUACAGUAAUUGUUGGCCACGUAACCACAGACUGAAUAUCAUCUUUAAAUAUUGUGUCAAGCCUUAAAAUAUUCACAUGUUCUUAAUCCAUUCCAGUUAUGGGUAAUAAA